ACAUAUGAGACGAAAGGUGUCAGCAGCAGUCGAGUCUCUGAUCCUCUGAGUUCUCACGCUUCUCAGAGCUCGGAGACAGCGGAGACAUUUGUUUGUGGGAAGCGUGGGAAUCGGAAGCAAGGGGCAUCGAUUCGUGAAUGAAUAGCGGUAAUUGAGAAUCGUCUAUUUUUUUUUUUAGUUGGUGAGGUGUGACUUUCUACUGCACACAUCCAUCAGUUUUCCCACGAUGCCUGACCCGGCCAGCACACGACAGCUGCCUAGCUAUUUGUGCUGCAUCCGGCCGUUCGAGCCGCGCGACGCGCUGGCCGUGAAGGCGAUGGCCAGUGAGGCCGCCACCAGCACCGUGUGGUCCUUCUUCACGGCGGCGCUGUUCCGCGAGACGUUCUGGGAGCUGCUGAUCGCCGUCGAGGCGGUGCUGUUUGUCGUGUUCGGCGUGCCCGGCGACCUGUGUGUGCUGCUGGUGCCCGCCUUCUUCGUGUUCAUCUUCACGAGUAUCUGGGCGGCACACCAGGUGCGUGCGGUGGCCGCCCAGAGCGACCUCAGUAACAUCCCGGACACGUACCAGACGUCCAAGCGGACCAACUUCUGGGUGGCCGAGCUGUACGAGCCGCUGCUGGGGCCGGCCUCGGCGUUCCAACUGACGUUUGUCACUCCUCAGGACGUGGAGAAGUACCAGACAGACCUGGGCGGUCUCCGACGGGUCGUCGUCGGCACCGUCGGCAUUCGCAAGAACCGCGACGAGCCCGAGGGCGGCUGGCUGACGCGGAUGGCCGUGCUAAAGCCGUACCGCGGCCACGGCAUCGGCACACAGCUGCUAGAGGUGGCCUGCCGGUUCUGCGGGGACGUCGGACUCACCCACGUGCGGCUGCAGACCACCGAGUGCCAUGACGCCGCCAAAAGCCUCUUCUACAAGCACGGCUUCCAGAUCCUCAACUACAUGCACAAGCCGAUGUUUGCCGGCGUCAAGGUGGGCGUGUACAUGUUCACGCGCAAUGUGAAGCCGAGCCGUCAGGCACUGAACGCCUGAGGGCCUCCGUGUGUGUGUCAGAGUGGACGAAGGACGAUGGAAGAGUCGUGGACAAUGGGGAGCGGUCGAGUCUCAGUGGCUGUGUUGGACACUGUAGCAGUGACGCUGACGUAUGGUGGAGUAGAGUACGAGCUGCUGCUUUGCGUGCUCGGUGCAUUGAUACUGCGCGGCAGAUAGAAGUGACGUUUUGUUGUCAGCAUUUAUGCGGCCGAGCUUAUGAGGGCGUAAUGUAAGCAGUCGUUACCGUUUGGAUACCGGAGCUGCUCAGUUCCGAACUGGACCACUGAUGAGGCUGCGGCGCGUAACAUUCGACUGCAUUGACUGGGUGUGUUUUUGUCAGAUUUUCGCACAACCGUGGCACCUUCCAUGCAGCGCCUCCUGCAUUCCAGGACUUACUUUGUCGGGAACUGGUUGACUGUCAACAAUGUCGUCCGAUGCAUUGGCGUUGGAAAUGAUUCUUUUCACUCAUGCCCCGAAUGCUGGUAAAACACUUCAAAGUGAUCAGCGAUAUCCAUUAUUUACGAUGAGCGCAAUCAACUUUGUCGGUUAUUCCCUGAUGGUACGAGAAGGUAGGCGGUGAUUUAGAAAAGCUACGGCUGAAACGGAACAAUUCCUGUCCAACAGUGCCUUAUGAACGCAGAACGUGCCAAACUCGUCUUUCGAGGAAAAUGCAUACUACUUACUUAGUCUCAUUAGCUGUCACUGGUGCCUCAAAAUGUCCUGAAAAUAGAAUUCGUAAGCAUCAGUAUUCUACCAUUAUUAAGAUUUUUAGGCUAGAAAGCGAGUUGUCUACCCCUCGCCAGUGACUUUGUGUGUGGGUGUAGUUCGUUUUAUAUCACGGCCUGAUUAUAUCGAUUUUUCAAUAAAAGAAACGAUCCAUC